AUGUUUCUUUCCAGUUAUUUUAGUCACUCAUUAGUACUAUCAGUUAUAAGAUAUUUAGCUGUUAAAUAUCCAACAAAAUAUCAUAGAAUAGUUAAUGUUAAAAUGACUAUCAAAGUUAUUCUUGGAAUGAUUAUAUUUGAUUUAAUAAUUGCACUUGGAACAUUAUUUUUUCCAUCUUCAUAUAAAUAUUUUAGUAAGUCAAAUUCAAUAAUAGCUUCAUAUGAUACGCAAAAUGUUGCUUACUAUAUAUUAUUUUAUGGUGUAAUAAUUAAUGGUAUAAUUGUUAUUACAUCGUUGUUUUUGAAUAUAUUAAAUUGGUACAUUAUAUAUAAGAAAAAGAAUAAAAAAUUAAUUAAAAAUAGGACUGAUGUUCUUUUUGCUGUUUAUACAUUUAUUGUUUUUGUUUCAACAUUAUUAUAUCAUAUUUUUUAUAUUUUACGAACUAUUGGUAGUUUAGAUGGUUAUCACCGUUAUGAUGAAUUUGCAAGUAUCUUUCUUUCAUAUGUCGUAGAAAUUAUAUCAUUUACUGAUUUUUAUUUUCUCCUUAUAAUGAGCAAUGAAUUAAGAAAAGGUGUCGUAAAAUUUACAUUUUCUUUAUUUAGAAAAGAUAUUACCAAAGUUACUUUAUUAUAA